AUGGCGUUCAGUUUGAACUACAGCUUGGUUGAAUCUGCCAUCGUGGCAGGCCCAUGCGCGUGCUUGAUGUUGUUGCUGCUGAUUUUGAUCCAUCCUCUGCGGUGCGUCGUCACGGUGACUGUGCCAUCGCUGGGGACCAAACAGGGGCGCAAAAUCCUUCUCUCCACUGCUCUGCUGAUCUCUGUCACCAGCUGCGUCCCCAACAUGAGCCGCAACAUCAGCCUCACCCUCGACACGUUCAAAUGUGCCGCCGGAAACGUAACCGAAAGUGCCCUUCAGUCCGGCAAAACACUGUCUCAGUCUCUACAUGACGUCAAGGAUUUUCUGAACAGCAUACCUUCUAUUGUAGAAACCAGUAACAAUCUGGACAUACAAGAUAAUGCCAACAUAGAGGGGAUGAAGAAGAGACUCUCUGAAACGUCGAACAAAAUGAAGGCUGAAGUCAACUCCUUACACCAGUCUAUAAGUGUGGUCUCUCACGUGCUCAAGAAGGUGAUUGCCGGAAUAUUUGUGUUUCUGAUGAUUGGCAACUCUGCCUCGUAUCUGAUUGGCUACCUCACCGAUGUGAAGCACGAUAACGUGUACCUGUCCAGGCGCUUGCAAGAGGCUUUGCGUCGGAGUGGCGACGCUACGGUUCCGGAGAGCUACAGGAAGAAGCUGGUGAAGACGUCAGGCAUCCGUGUGACCUCGCGGGAACUAACGCGCGGUCUGUGGGGGACCCUGGUCCUGCUGUUUUACGGAUCAUUGUGUGCAAUGAUGAUGUACAUGGAUCACUUUAUUUUCUCCACGCUGCAGGGUCUGUUGGCCUGGUCUUCUGACAUCCCAGAGAUUCACGGCUUUUUGAAUACAGAGAUGACUAUGACGACCACAGUCAUUGGAAUUAUACCUGGGGGCGUCCACAAGCUGACGAAGCAAUACUCCUACACUGUUCCACUUUUGCCAAAGGGGUGUGUUCACAAACUCUCCUCGCCAAAUUCCUCUACCUUGACCUCUGUGUGUGUGCUCUUGGUCAUUGCUCUCCUCAUGCUGAUGGGUGAGAUGUUUGCUCGUCGCCUCCGACGAAAAGUCUGUGCCUCUUUCUACCAUACUCGAGAGGAGGAGCGCACCAGACACAUUCUGCAGAAGAUUCUAGAGAAAAGGGAAACUGGUGGGGAGUGA